AGCACAAGAAUUGAUUGUGACAAUUGUGUUUGUAUAACACCUUGUGGCAAGUUAAUACUCUCCUUGACAAAAGACUCCUAUGGAUCACUAGGCUUACAAGGAACUCAAUCUCAUUUCACGAAAAACACAAAAGAUCGCUACGAAAAUGCCUCGGCACUGUGUUGUACCAAGAUUAGAAACCCUCUGUGUCUCAGCAGUUGGUAAUUUUGUUGUAAGCCUUGCCCCUACGAUUCUCUCAACCAUCCACAAACACCACGAACCGCAAAUCCGCCUGCAGAAAAGCAUCGAUCGUAUCAGUACAAUCCUCGCCACGCACGUACCGCUCUACUUAUACGAUGGCAUGGCCCUGGAGGUCCUGGAAGCCGUCAAGCAACUCAUCGAGCGCACGAAAAAGAACUACUACAUGUAUUUUAACACAGCUACUUUUAUGACGGAGAUGUACGUUGCUGUUGGGCUCACUGAAGUCGUGCUGGAUCCGCAUCUCAAACAGAUUAGUUUCUCUUGCUGGCCAAAAAUCAUGCGCUAUGUACUCUAUAAGAAUUUAUUUAAGUUAACAGGCCUGGAAGUUUUAAAUUUGGGUUCAUGUACGAAUGGUUCAAGUGAUUACGAGCCGUAUAUCAUUCAAGGAAUAUCGCAAAUGUCACAUCUCCGGUUGUUGUGCUUAUGUUUUGAUUGCACCGAUAAUAUUAUACAGGUAUUGAGUGAAAGUUGUCCGAAUCUGCAGAUAUUAGAUGUUACAUCAUCGCGGUCAGUCACUGAUCGUUCAAUUCCGCAUUUAUUGAAAUGCACACAAUUGUACGAUCUGAAUCUGCAUCGGACUUCGGUGAGCGUUGAAGGACUCGGACAGUUGUUGCUUGGUUUAUAUCGGCUGCAAGAUAUUGGUCGCUGUGACGAUUUCGGCGCUGUAUUGAGUUACAUCAACUCGAAAUAUCCUAAAAUUGGACCUAUAGGUUUGCGUAAAAUACACACACGUGAUCUUACAACCGAUCAAUUGAGAAUGUUGGUUGAUACAUGUCCGAAUCUAGAGAAUGUGAGUCUUUUUCAUGAUGAACAGUUUUCGAAUCUGCAAGUACUAGCGCAUCUUGACCAUUUAAAAAUGUUAAAACUGCUCUCAUGCGACUUUUACGGUGAUUAUGCACGACAAUUGUUGGAAGUACGCGGAUGUAAUAUCACAAGUUUGCAUCUGGAGCAUGUGGAGCAGAUUGACUUAAAGGCCAUCAUGGAUAUCAGUCAGUAUUGCCCGAGACUUAAGAAUCUGGUGCUGUACAAUUGUGAUUUGACUGACCAGGCGGCCGGAUACAGUCGGUCGUUCAAAGUGAAGCCGUUCCAAUGCCUAGAGAGGCUUUUUUGGGUUGUGGACUGUGCUUUGGUGCAUUUAGAGUUUGUACUCAUGCACUGCACCAAUAUUAAGUACAUACAUCUUGGUUCAUCGACAGGAAUAUGUCAUUCUUCGAUUGUGAAGAUCAUGGGUUUUAAUCCGAUGCGUGAGCUGGAAGAGUUGCGCAUUCUUUACAGUACUGAUAUGAGCACGAAUACGGUGGAGUUACUCUUGGCGAAUUGUACCAAUUUACGUGUGAUCUCUGAGCUGGAGAACUGGCAGGGUAUUAGCAUUGAUGAGCUGGAGAUUUUUCGGAAAUUUAUCCAUUCGAAUAACUACGACUUGGAUAUUAGGCCUAUUUUAUCUUACUGAUAGCUUUACAUUUAGCACUUUGGGUUGUUUAUUUUACAUUUACUUCACUGUAUUGUCGUAGUGCUAGGGCUAACUUUUUUUCUACGAUAGUAGAACAUACUUAAAAUAUCUAAUACGCUAUUUUUAAUCGUGGUUGUCAAAGUAUUGAAGCGGAUCGUUGAUUGUUUACAAUUUGAUUGCACAAUUAACUGAAUUUGACUAGUGCUCGUAUCUCCGCUUCAAUAACAUUAGUUUUAACAUUUCUAUAUAAUAUGAAUAUGAUAACUAAUACCAGGGGCAACUAUUAAGUCAUUGUGAUAUUCAUAGAAUACUUUUGCGCACCUUGAAAAGGGCCAAAAUGAAGACGUGAGAGUGAGAUAUUUAUCAGGGCAACGCAAACGAAGAUGCUUGGCGGGAGGUAUAAUCUCUAUUCUUAAAUUUUCGUACAUAUUAUAACUUUGGAUAACAAAAUUCGAGCAGCAUUGGUAACUAUUUUGUCGUUUGUGAUAUUUAUUAAAAGAAGAAUGAAUCAAAACAAAAACAACACUAAUUCAAUACUUUACGAAAUACAAUUACUUAUAUGAAUUAUACAUAUUUUUGUAUCUUGGAACUGGAAUGUAAUGUGUACAUAUAUUGAAA